GGGAGCCAGGGGUCCAGGGGCCCGGGGCAGCCGCUCCCGGACGCAGUGAGAGCCUCUUUCCAGCAGAGGGACCGCAGGAGCCCUGGGCGCCCUCGGGCACACUCUCAUAUUUCCUGUUGGCCGGGCCCGGUUCCCAGCCCAGGUAGCGGCUGCAGGGGAGGGAAGGACACGGUGCCAAGACGGCUUUGCGCAGCGCGUAGAGUCCGCACCCUCCGAGGCGCAGCUGAGAUGCCUCGACAGUUCCCCAAGCUGAACAUUUCGGAGGUGGAUGAGCAGGUCCGAUUGCUGGCCGAGAAGGUGUUUGCCAAGGUGCUCCGAGAGGAAGACAGCAAAGAUGCCUUAUCACUGUUUACCGUGCCUGAGGACUGCCCCAUUGGGCAGAAGGAGGCCAAAGAGAGAGAGCUGGAGAAGGAGCUGGCUGAGCAGAAGUCCGUGGAGACGGCCAAAAGAAAGAAGAGUUUCAAGAUGAUUCGAUCCCAGUCUCUGUCUCUGCAAAUGCCAUCCCAGCAAGAUUGGAAAGGCCCCCCAACGUCCAGCCCUGCCAUGUCACCCCCGACGCCAGUCCCCGCAGGAGCGACUUCCCAGGCAGCUCCUGUGUCAUUUGCUAUGCCCGAGUUUCAGCGCGUCACCAUCAGUGGGGAUUACUGUGCUGGGAUCACUGUGGAGGAUUACGAGCAGGCUGCCAAGAGCCUGGCCAAAGCCCUGAUGAUUCGGGAGAAGUAUUCGAGGCUUGCCUACCACCGCUUCCCAAGGACCACUGCCCAGUACCUGCGCCCUCAGAGGGCUGAGAAGUGGGGCCCUGGGGAUGAGGUAUUUCCAGAUUUCCACCCGCCGCCAGAGCCACAUGAAAAUCCCUAUUGUCUGGACAACACCCCCCCAAACCUGGGCUAUGUGCUCAGAAUGCAGGGUGGUAUCCUCUUCGUGUAUGAAAAUGAACAGAUGCUGAAACGCAAUGAGCCCAGAAGCUUGCCAUACCCUGACCUGGAGACCUACACAGUGGACCUCAGUCACAUCCUGGCCCUCAUCACAGAUGGCCCAACGAAAACAUAUUGUCACCGACGACUUAACUUUUUAGAAUCCAAAUUCAGCCUCCAUGAGAUGUUGAAUGAAAUGUCUGAGUUCAAAGAACUGAAGAGUAACCCUCACCGAGACUUCUAUAAUGUGAGAAAGGUGGAUACUCACAUCCAUGCCGCGGCCUGUAUGAACCAGAAACAUCUGCUGCGCUUCAUCAAGCACACAUACCAGACAGAGCCUGACAGGAUUGUCACCGAGAAGAGAGGAAGGAAGAUCACACUCAGACAGGUGUUUGAUGAUCUUCACAUGGACCCCUAUGACCUCACUGUGGACUCCUUGGAUGUCCAUGCGGGCCGGCAGACCUUCCAUAGGUUUGACAAAUUCAACUCCAAGUAUAAUCCAGUGGGAGCCAGUGAGCUUCGGGACCUGUACUUGAAGACUGAAAACUACUUAGGUGGAGAAUACUUUGCUCGGAUGGUCAAGGAAGUGGCUCGGGAACUGGAAGAGAGCAAAUACCAGUAUACAGAACCCCGCCUCUCCAUCUAUGGGCGCUCCCCCCGAGAAUGGCUCAACCUGGCCAGGUGGUUCAUUAAUCACAAGGUCUACUCCCCAAAUAUGCGUUGGAUCAUCCAGGUCCCCAGAAUCUAUGACAUAUUUAGAUCCAAAAAGCUGCUUCCGAGUUUUGGGAAAAUGCUGGAGAACAUCUUCUUGCCUCUUUUCGAAGCCACGAUCAACCCCAGGGAUCACAAGGAACUUCACCUCUUCCUCAAAUACGUGACAGGAUUUGACAGUGUGGAUGACGAGUCCAAACACAGUGACCACAUGUUCUCGGACAAGAGCCCUAACCCAGACAUCUGGACCAGUGAGCAGAACCCGCCCUACAGCUAUUAUCUGUACUACAUGUAUGCCAACAUCAUGGUGCUCAACAACCUCCGCAAGGAGCGGGGAAUGAGCACCUUCCUGUUCCGGCCUCACUGUGGGGAGGCCGGUUCCAUCACACAUCUCGUCUCUGCCUUCCUGACUGCCGACAAUAUCUCCCACGGACUGCUGCUCAAGAAGAGUCCGGUCUUGCAGUACCUCUAUUACCUCGCCCAGAUCCCCAUCGCCAUGUCUCCCCUGAGCAACAACAGCUUGUUCUUAGAAUAUUCCAAAAACCCACUGCGGGAGUUUCUUCACAAAGGACUCCAGGUCUCCCUCUCCACUGAUGACCCCAUGCAGUUCCAUUAUACCAAGGAAGCCCUCAUGGAAGAAUAUGCGAUCGCAGCCCAAGUGUGGAAGCUCAGCACGUGUGACCUGUGUGAGAUCGCUCGAAACAGCGUGCUCCAGAGUGGGCUGUCCCACAAGGAAAAGCAAAAAUUUCUGGGGCCAAAUUAUUAUAAAGAAGGACCUGAAGGAAAUGAUAUUCGAAAGACAAAUGUUGCCCAGAUCCGGAUGGCUUUUAGAUAUGAGACCUUAUGCAACGAGCUCAGCUUUCUGUCUGAUGCCAUGAAAUCAGAAGAGAUUACAGCUUUGUUUAAGUAGGUUCAGUGCUGGAACACGCUCCCAGAGCCUGCUGGUUUUAAUCCUGCCCGCUGCGGUGGAUGCUGGUCGAGGGGAGCCUGCUCAGGACCAAAUACAGCCUCCCUGGAAGUGAAAGCUCGGGAUGCUGCUCAGGGGCUUCUCACUUUGACCUCCAUCCUCCCCAUCCCAGCAUACCUGGAGCCGAGGCACUGGGCACAGAGGGUAUGGUGGGGCCUGGGGGCUGGCUUGGGGAACUGGGUUUCGGUUUGUAUUUUUUCUUAAGUUUUCCAGACACUUUUCAGAAGACUGCCAAUACUUGCAUGAAAGGAAUUGUACUUUUCACUGUCAGGGGCCACACUGUAUUGCCAAUCCACCCUCUGGCCCUAAAUGGCUGGUGGAAUCAGAUAUAUCCACUAAGUUUUCACACCGGGAUGCCUGGGUUUGCUUUAUUUUUUACAAGGUAUUUUUACUAAUUAUUUUUGUUCAGAUUUCCACACACCAUUACUAUUAGCAUUCACCGAAUAGAACAGGAAUGUGCCAUAGGGAUGAUCUAGUCUAACUGUCUUACAAAUGAAAGUAAAUGAAGUAAAAGUCACAGCGUGGAGCCCAGUCCACAAACAGUCCUUGCAGGACACCGUCCCGCCUCCAUGAAUUCUGGAGGCUUGCUUGUCGGCAGCCCCUUUUCACCAAUGAGCAUUGUCUUUCAGGGAGCAGGGUUUUGGCUCUGGGGACCUUAAAACAGAAAACUUAGUCCCUCUUGGGCAAGCAAAGGGAAAUGUAAGAAGUUCUCUGGAGCUAAGGGGAAUCUGGGAAGUCUGCUGGGAGAGGCCUCCUGCCCAAGGCCACUGUCUCUCUCUACAACAUACUGCCUCCCUCUCCAAUAUCACUUUUGUAUUCUCCAAUUCAUGUCUGAGGAAGAUUCCCCCAUCUCCCUCACCGUCCCCCCUUCUCCCCCCACAGUUUAAAGAAUGAAGAACUGGCUUUAUCAUCAUCUCCCUAAAUAACAGAUCUUUAGCUAGCAACCUCAGCGAUCAGACAAGGAGAGACAAUUAACUAGGCUAGGAAAGGAUAGUGGAGUGAUUCUUAGAAUCUGAAUUUAAACUCUUCCAAUUACUCCCUACCAAUGUUUUAAUGUCACGUGCACAUGGUAAUUAGAAAACUGCUUGAGCUUGCUUAGUAAGCUCCCAUGUAUUUCUCUAAGUACACACAGACCUGGAGAAGCUGUUACAGACUUAGUGGAAUCUAUGUUUGUGUGCAAAAACGGUUCCUAGACUUUAGCUCCUUCUCGUUACUUUCUCUGGCCACGGAAAUAUGGGGGCUGUUGGUUUUUGUGGCAGAAUAAUUUUCUGAGUCUAAACUUGCCCACUUUGGCAUGUAACUUUCUUAGAAAAGCCCCAAUUGUACACAUUUGCACUAAUGUAUAUAAUUCCUGUAUAGUCUGAUUUUAGCUGUUUAGAAACACCCUGUUUAAAAGAAACGGAAUUAAAGUUUAAUGAGACAGUUGCCAUCAUGUGAAUGUUUUCAGAUAUCGACGUUGUUAGAUCUUCCUUAUUUUCUCUUUAAGGAAGUGUGGAGGGCAGAAGGGAAGACCAAGGAAGCAUUACCCUAAAUUAAUGGAGUGUAGCAAGUGAAUGCUCUUUCUAACCCUGACAGACAAGCUUGGAGAACAUCCAUGGCAGGGUCAGAGAGGGAAGGUCCCACUGCCAGAGGCCUUCUGGUUUUUCUUCAGUAGCCAAAGGCAAUUACCGGUGUCUGGUUUCACACCAUAGUCAGGAGGCUGCCCAUAGAAAACCCAGAGCUCUCUCUCUGGGAGCGGCUUCCUGUUUUGCUCUAACAUGUUUGGGGCAUCCUUGUCUCUCUUCCUCUGCUCUUUGGAGGAUCACUUACAAAGCCCUUUGUCACUCCUAAAUGUUCCCAGUACCAGUGUGUUUCUGUCUGGUGAUACUUACUGGUUACUGUUUUGAUGGCUGCUGGGUCGGCAGCACAAUAAUAUACUGCUUUUCCAAGUGUGGCCUUUUCCAAGUCGGCUCUGGAGAUUUAUUCUCUGCCCCCUAACCUAACAAGCCUUAGUAACCCACUUUCCUUUUUGCUACAAUUUUAUAUUGCCUUAUGAAUAUAAUGCACAGCCUCCCGAGUCACCCAUGCUUUCUGCCUUUUACCUUCUGCUCUUGGAGGGAGAUGCAGUGGCAAGACACAUCCUUCUGCACUGGCCUUUUCUUUGACUUCUUGCUGUCCGCGUAAAAUCCCUUUCAUUUUUUUCAUUCGUCUUGUGAACACAGUUGAGGGUAAUGAAAUAUGUCAUUAAUCCACUCUACUUGAACGAUGUUUUAAAGGUCAGUGGUAACGAUAUUAAAAAGAAUAUUAACUACA